UCUACUUUGACAUUAGCCCGCAUGAUUAACUUAACCGUAAGCGAUGAUUUUGGAUAUCGAUUAAGAUCCUGAUAUGCUCGUGGGCUGGGACCCACUUAGUUUUGCUUAUUUAGCUGGUUGUACUUUUCAAGUGAGUUUGAACUUAACUAGGAUUUCCUUUAGGUAUAGCCUAGCUUCCUAGGAGCUCUAAGAAACUAAAACCCAAAUCUAACUACAUUCAGGACCCUGAUUGUAUAAAUGAUGAUCAAACUCGUCUUCUUUUCCAUGCAGCAAAAGGAGCCCAAAUAGGUUGUUAGACUGGAUAAAUGCUUUUCUUAUUAUCUUGAUUUUAUCCCAUUUGGUAAAUGUUGCAUCUUCCAAGUUGCCAAAUCUUCUUUCAGGUUGCUGAAUGAUUGAUUUGCAGAAAACAGUUGCCUUGAAAGUAGUCUGAAAUAGAUCCUAAGAGGAGAACCUACUUUACACCUCAUGAGGCUUUUCCUUUCCCCUACAUAAGCCUCCUAUUCCUGGCCAUUUCUUAUAAGCUAUACCUCCUCCAUCAGAACUAAUUGACUUCUCAAACUUUAACCUCAAUCAGACCAGCCCAUAUAAACACACAUGUGCACAAAGAAAUGAAGAGUAGAAAUUUCAUAUGCUCAAUUCUUGCAUCAAUUAUAUGAUAGCAUUGUCAGUGAACAAUAGAUGUGAGACUGCAUUUUAGUUGUCUAGACCUCACGAUGCUGGUCAUAACCCUUUUAGAGAAAAUCUUCAUAAUUGCAAAUAUGAUGGAUGUGAAUGGAGCAUAAAAUAGCUCUAACAGAUUAAGGUUGAUUGAAACUCAUUAUGUGAUCAUGUAGAAUUCGAGAAGAAUAAUUGUAAUAACUUUUUUAUCUCAUCGUUGAAAAAUAAUUUACAAGAGAAUAUAUACUGAUUUUUAAUGACAAUAUUGGAAAAAUCAGUGCCUAGAAAAUAGGAAUAAAAUUAGAAACCUACUCUAAGUAUUAAGCUACAAAUCAGAAAAUAUAAUACAUUGAAAAAAACAAACUAAAAUAGGAAAUUAAAAAAUAGCAUAGCUUGAUUUGGUAGAUAUCGGAUUAUUCCAAGAAUCUCGCAGAAAUCCACACUCCCCCUCAAGCUGGGGAGUAGAUGUUAACCAUUCCCAGCUUGGAUGUGAGUCUCAAAUGUCACUCUAGGUAGAGCCCUGGUCAGGACAUCAACAAUCUGUUGAUGAGUAGGUGUAUAUAUCAAACUUAUAAUUCCUUUGUCAAUCUUUUCCUUGAUAAAGUGUCUAUCAAUUUCCACGUGCUUAAUCCUGUCAUGAUGAACUGGGUUCUUAGCAUUACUAAUAGCAGCUUGAUUAUCGCAUAACAUCUUCGUGGAAUCUUUGGAAUAGAUUUUCAAUUCCUCUAAGAGUCGCACUAGCCACAUUCCUUCGCAAAUGCCAUGGGCCAUGGCUCUGAAUUCAGAUUCAGCACUGCUUUGGGAUACAACUGGUUGUCUCUUGCUUUGUAAAUGACAAGAUUCCCUUAAACAAAUGUACAGUAACCUAUAGUCGAUCUUCGGUCUAACACAUCACUAGCAUAGUUAGCAUCUAUAUAGAUUUCAACACUCCUCUCGUGGCCCUUCUUGAAGUACAAUCCUUUUCCAGGAGUCAUUUUUGAAUAUCUCAAUAUUCUAUAUACUGCUUUUAGAUGUUCUUCAUGAGGAUCAUUCAUAAAUUGGCUAACAGAACUCACGGCAAAACCUAUAUCUGGUCAAGUGUGAGACAAGUAUAUAAGUUUGCCAACCAGUCUUUGAUAACUUCCCUUAUCCAUCGGAGUACUAUCUUCCUUCAUUCCAACUUUGGUCUUUGUUUCCACAAGAGUAUCUGCGGGUUUACAACCAAGCAUACCCGUCUCUUGAAGCAAGUCUAGAAUAUAUUUUUGUUGAGAUAUGAGAUUCCACUCUUGUUUCGUUCCACUUCCAUACCUAGAAAAUACUUUAGAGGUCCCAUGUCUUUGAUCUCGAACUCCUUGGCAAGAAUAGUUUUUAGAUGAUCCAUUUCUUUAAAGUUCUCUCCAGUAAGAAUAAUAUCGUCAAUGUAAAUUAUGAGGAUUGUGAUUUUUCCAUUACUAGUGUUUGAAGAAUAGGGUGUGAUUUGCCUGUCCUUGUAUAAAGCCAUGAACCUUUUUAAUCCCUUGGAGAUUGUAUAGACUAUAGAGUGACCUUUUUAGUCUACAUACUUUGUUGACAUUCUCCUUACUUUCAAAACUCGGAGGGAUCUCCGUGUACACCUCUUCCUCAAGAUCACCAUUAAGGAGACAUUCUUAACAUCCAACUAGUGUAAAGGCCAACCUAAAUUGGCAGCCAAUGAUAAGAGAAUUCGAACUGUGUUUAGUUUAGCAACCAGUGCAAAUGUUUCUUAUAGUCAACACUAUAAAUUUGAGUAAAGUGUUUAGCUACCAACCUGGUUUUAUACUUGUCAAUGCUACCAUCUGACUUGUAUUUCACAGUGAAAAUCCAUUUGCAGCAAAGGGUCUCUUGCCUUCAGGAAGACUUGAUAAGUACCACGUACCAUUCUUCUCAAGAGCUUGAAUUUCUUCAUUGAUUGCCUUCCUCCACUCAGGUUUCUUCAUUGCUUCCUGUAUAUUACUAGGAAUUUCCACAGAAGAAAGAUUGGAGAUAAAGGUUUGAUAGCUCGGUGAGAGUUUGUCAUAUGACAUGAAAUAUGGUAUUGAAUGUUGUGUAUAGGAUCUAAUUCCCUUUCUUUGAGCUAUAGGGAGAUCAAGAUCAUCAUUGGAAAUUGGAAUCAAAGCUAGAGGGUUCUCAGAAUUACCUGGGUUUGCAGUUUUUGAACUCGGAUUGGUCGUUUGACAAUGCUUGAGAAGAUUUGGAAGUUCAAUCUGCAUUUCAUUUUUGACCUUCUUGAGUACACUAGGAGUUCUUUGUUUUUUUUUUACCCUUGAUGGCUUAGGAAAUACUUUUGGAACAGAUUCAGGAAUGUUAUUUUGAGGAGUAGACUCAGAAUGCUGGUUCUCAGUUGGACUCAGUGCUAGUGGGGCUGGACUUGACUUAGGCGAAAUUUCACAAGUGGAUUCAAACUGCCAAAACUGAGAUUGAACACUAGUACUCUCCCUCUGAAUGAAAGUUUUGGUGAAGAAUGGUUGGUUUUCAAAAAAUGAAACAUCCAAAUUGUUAUUAAAUUUCUCAGUGAAUGGAGAGUAGCACUUGUAGCCUUUUUGUUUAGGUGAAUACCCUAGGAAAAUACAUUUGAGAGGUUUACUUUUGAGAUGAUCAAGAAUACGAACAAAGGCUGAACAACCAAACACUUUAAGAGGAAUAGAGGAAAUGAGUCUAGUAUCAGGAUAAUACUUGAGAAGUACCUAACUUGGAGUUUGAAAUUUGAGGAUUCUUGAGGACAUUCGGUUUAUGAGAUAUAUGGUUCUAAGGAUGGUAUCCCCCUAAAAAUGUUUUGGAACAUGCAAGGUGAAUAGCAAGGCCCUAGCAACUUCAAGAAGAUAGUGAUUUCUCCGUUUGGCAAUUCCAUUUUGUUCGGGAGCUCCGACACAUGAACUUUGAUGAUCAAUCCCUUGAGUACCUAAAUAUUCUCCAAGAAUCGUGUUAUAAUAGUCCUUGACAUUAUCAGUUCGGAGGACCUGAAUUUUCAUUUGGAAUUGAUUUUGGACUAUUAAAUGAAAAUUCUUGAAAAUUUGGGUUGUUUCAGAUUUUUCUUUCAUGAGGAAAAUCCAAGUCAAUUUGGUAUGAUCAUCAACAAAACUUACAAACCAUAUAGUGCUCGAAAUAUUUUUAACUCGAGAUGGGCUCUAAAUAUCACUGUGAAUGCGGAGAAGGGUUGCAAAGGAGAAUAAAUUUGAUCAAAGUAUGGAAUUCUUGUAUGUUUGGCAAGCUGACAGAUUUCACAUUGAAAUGAACUUGGAUUUUUAUUGAUGAAUAAUGAGGGAAAUAAUUUGGCAAGGUACAUAAACUAGGAUGACCCAAUCUAAGAUGCCAUAGCAUUAUUACGUUAAUGUUACUAGAGUUUGAUACCGACAAUGAUGAUUUUUUCCUGGAAGAUGCAGAUGACGUGCAAUAGGAACUACGAGUUUUGGUUGUAGCAAGCCUAUCUACUUGAAAAAAAAAUAGAGACCUGCACACUUCUUAGCACUGCCAAUUGUCCUCCCUAAGUCCAAAUCUUGAAAAGGCAAAUGAGAGAACAUAAUUUAGCAACACACUUGGAGUCUCUAGUGAGCUUACUGAUAGAUAACAAAUUGCAUGAAAGAACCAAAAGAACUGAUUGUAAUGUAAUUUCUAAUGAAAUAGAAAUAGAUCCGAUACCAACUACUAGGGAUAAGGAUCCAUCAACAAUUCUGACUGUAUACUUAGUAGGACAAGGAGAAUAAGAAUGAAAUACAGAAGCAUCACCUUUCAUAUUAUCGGAUGCUCUGGAGUCCACUAUCCACGAACCUUUCGGUUUUUUUCACUGAGAGCAUUGUUCAAGAUACCUUUUUGAGUUGUAGAACUGGUUGCAACAACAGAUGAGGGUGCAUAAAUAGAGGCCUGAUCUUUCCCAAACAAUUUUUGCAGAAGUUGUAGUUGUUCCUUGCUAAAUAAGGCGACUUUGGUUUUUGAGGCUUCAUCAAUGGUGUUUGCUAUUAAUCCUCGACUUUCACGCUAUUGCUUUCCCCUUUUUGGUUUCCAAUCUGCUAGUUUUCCAUGGAUUUUCUAGCAAGUUUCUCGUGUAUGACCUAAAUGACGACAAUGAUCGCACCAAGGUCUUCCAAAUUGAGUAUGAUUGUUACCUUGUUGGGAAUUAUGGGCUGCAAGGGUUGAGUUUUCAAUCACCUGUGGUUUUCCUUGAUUUCCUAUCAUAAUUUUCUUCCUGCUUUCUUCUCGGUGGACUUCAGAGAAAACAACAUGCAAAUUAGGCGUUGGUUUCUGUCCUAGAAUCCUUCCUCCAACUUCAUCUAGGUCCUUAAGACCCAAAAAAAUUUAUAGAUUUGCUCCUUUUCCACAAUCUUCUUGUACUUGGCUGCAUCUUGAGGACAAUUCCAUUUAAAUUUUUUUGAAACAUCAAGUAUCUACCAGUAUCGAGUGAGAAGAUUGUAGUACUGAGUGACAGAGGAUUCACCUUGUCUCAAAUCAUGGAGGAUGCUUUUAUCUCGAAAAUCUCUGAUGUAUUUUCAUUGUCAGAGACAUGAGCAUGUGAUUUUCUGCUUUCCAUCGUCCGAAUUUCGGAUCAUCCUUCAGUGGUGGAGGCACAACACCUGUGAGAUGGUCAUCUUUCCCUUUUCCGCUUAUGAACAACAUGAUGGAGUGUCACCAUUAAAGAGAACAAGCUUUGGUUUCAUCCAGAAUGCAGUGGAAGUGGGUCUGAUGGACAAGUGGGUCCCAGCCCACGAGCAUUUCAUGUUGCCGUUUCAAUUGAUUGUCACAUGUUUAUCUUUGGUGGGCGUUCUGGUAGCAAAAGGAUGGGUGACUUUUGGGUUCUGGAUACUGACAUAUGGCAAUGGUCAGAGCUAACCAGUUUUGGUGAUUUACCUUCGCCAAGAGAUUUUUCUGCAGCGUCGUCUAUUGGAAACCGAAAGAUUGUUAUGUGUGGUGGGUGGGAUGGCAAGAAGUGGCUGUCAGAUGUUUAUAUCUUGGACACAAUUUCACUUGAGUGGAUGGAACUGUCAGUUACUGGAGCACUGCCUCCACCUAGAUGUGGUCAUACAGCAACCAUGGUUGAGAAACGUUUACUUGUCUAUGGUGGCAGAGGUGGUGGUGGGCCAAUCAUGGGUGAUUUGUGGGCUCUGAAGGGUCUCAUUGAGGAAGAGAAUGAAACACCUGGAUGGACCCAAUUGAAGCUUCCCGGUCAAGCUCCUUCUCCUCGUUGUGGCCACACUGUAACAUCUGGAGGGCACUAUCUCCUGCUGUUUGGUGGACAUGGGACUGGUGGCUGGUUGAGUCGUUACGACAUUUAUUACAAUGAUUGCAUAGUAUUAGACAGGGUCUCUGCACAAUGGAAAAGGUUACUUACUAGCGGUGAUCCCCCUCCUGCUCGAGCAUACCACACAAUGACAUGCAUUGGUUCACGAUAUCUGUUGUUUGGUGGCUUUGAUGGGAAGUCAACAUUUGGUGAUUUAUGGUGGUUGGUUCCAGAAGGGGAUCCUAUAGUAAAGCGGAUGGUUGCAUCUCCCAGAAAAACUCUUUCUGAGAAUAAGGAUUUUGGAAUGACAAAAAAUGGUGUUGAAUCUGCAUUUAAGGAAAGUCAGGGGGAUAAAUCUGCUGUCUCAGAAUUACAAAAGAGAUUAGAUAUUUCAGUUGCUCUCUCGAGUUCGGGUUUCCAAAUUGUAGAUGAGUUGGAAGAUGGAGAACUUCUUGAUCUUGCAUCAGGAUUAAUGGGAGAUGGAGUUAUCAACAAUGAACAGAAAAUUCAGGCACUUCGUGAUCACUGGAAGAAGUCUACACCAAGAUCUAUACCUCUAAAGGAGCUUGGACCCUUGCUUCGUGACUACCAACGACUAAUUGCUCAUCAUCAUUUGCCAAAUGAUGGAGCUGAUUUACAUUCCAUGGAGUCCGGUUUUCCUGGGAAAUAUGCACAUCGGUUUUAUCACUUCAAAAAUGCUUCUCAGUUACGGAUGGAUGAUAUACCCAAGCUGCUGGAAGAAUACAAACAGCUUUCAUCUGAUUGAGGAAUAAUUGGUGUGAUUUUCUUUCAUGUGGGAAAAUGAUAUUUGGUUUGCAUUUCAUUUGUAUCUAUCUGGCUUAACUGUGUGAACCAUUCCCAUUUCCUUCAUAAACAAAUUCUGAUGAUGUAUGGUGGCAUGGAUUAUAUAUUAUGAUAUUUACAAGGUAACUAGAAAUCUACUAUACUCUUUUAGUUUUAAUUUCUUUUUCUUAUGGAGCAUAUAAUAGCUACUAUUGGAGCGGUUGUCCGAUAGCUUGUAAUGUAAUCCGUUAACAAAAAAAUGGAAAAUUUGGCUUGAGUGAUAUUUUAUUGCAUUUCACCGUA